GUAUUUUAAAAUCUUAAAACUAAUGUAUCAAAACUGUGCAAUAGAUUAGAUUAAAUUCAAAUUUGGCGCCCAUGUGAUGUGAUCCACCGACCCUGCUGCCUAUCGAUAUCGACAACGGUUCGUGAUAACGUUUUUUGUGCCAUCUCACGAUUAGAAAGCCAAAUAGUAAACAAACCGAACCGCGGGCGAACACUUCAUGGGCUCCCAUUUGCUGAACAUCUGGAGGCGGAGGCUCCACACAUCCUCCAGCAGAUGGCAGCUUUUCCAGACCACCACGCCCACCAAGCGCAUCUGCAUUGUUGGUGCCGGACCUGCGGGUUUCUAUUCCGCGCAGCAGUUGCUCAAGAAACUGGAUGACUGUGUGGUGGAUGUACUGGAGAAGCUUCCGGUUCCCUUUGGUUUGGUACGCUUUGGCGUUGCGCCCGAUCACCCGGAGGUCAAGAACGUCAUCAACACCUUCACCAAGACAGCCGAGCAUCCGCGUCUGCGUUACUUUGGUAAUGUCUCCCUGGGAGAGGAUGUGACCCUCAAGGAUCUAAGGGAUCGAUAUCACGCUGUUCUGCUCACCUAUGGAGCCGAUCAGGAUCGAGAACUGGAGCUGGAGAACGAACAACAGGGGAAUGUUAUAUCCGCACGGAGUUUUGUGGCCUGGUAUAACGGCCUGCCGGGAGCGGAGAAUCUGUCGCCGGAUCUAAGUGGACGCGAUGUGACUAUUGUGGGCCAGGGUAAUGUGGCAGUGGAUGUGGCACGAAUGCUUCUCAGCCCCCUAGACACACUUAAGACUACAGACACCACAGAGUAUGCUUUAGAAGCCCUAUCCCGCAGUCAAGUGGAACGAGUGCACCUGGUUGGAAGAAGAGGGCCGCUACAAGCUGCCUUUACCAUCAAAGAGCUGCGCGAGAUGCUCAAGCUGCCCAAAGUGGAUAUCCGGUGGAGGUCCAGCGACUUUUCUGGAAUUGAGGAACAGCUGGAGAAACUGCAACGUCCCCGAAAACGCCUCACUGAACUGAUGCUUAAAAGCCUAAAGGAUCAGGGAAGGGCUUCUGGCACUGGCGUCAAACAAUUCCUACCCAUUUUCCUGCGCGCUCCCAAGGCCAUAGCGCCAAGUGAAAUGGAGUUCUCAGUUACGGAGCUCCAGCAAGAAUCGGCGGUGGCCACCAGUGCCACGGAGCGUCUUCCAUCAGAUCUAAUCCUGCGCAGCAUUGGCUACAAGUCCAGCUGCGUGGAUUCGGGCAUAAACUUUGACGCUCGAAAAGGAAAUGUGCGCAACAGCGAGGGUCGCGUUCUGAAAGACGAAACGUCCGAAAAUGUUGAUCCUGGUCUCUACGUUGCUGGCUGGCUGGGAACUGGACCCACGGGAGUUAUUCUAACGACUAUGAGUGGGGCAUUCGCGGUAGCCAAAAACAUUUGUGAUGACAUAGCCUCCAAGGCCAUAGAUACUAGCACCGCUAAGCCGGGUUACGAGGCGGACGACAAGCGGAUAAUCACGUGGGACGGCUGGAAGAGAAUAGACGCUUAUGAAACCGAGUCCGGAAAAGCCAAAGGAAAACCGCGGGAGAAAAUAGUCAACGUCGAAGAAAUGUUGCGAGUUGCCGGAGCUUGA